AUGGGUAAGCAAAGAUUAACCGCUCUAGACAUUCGAGCAAUAAUAACAUCAUGUAAGAAGACCAUUAUUGGAUCAGUUGUAACAAAUAUUUAUAAUAUAUCAAAUAAAAUAUAUGUGUUAAAAUGUUCUAAAAAAGAACAAAAAUAUUUUCUGCUUUUGGAGGCAGAAAAAAGAGUGCACAUAACUGAAUGGAUGAGAGAAAAGAAUGUAAUGCCAUCAGGGUUUACUAUGAAAUUAAGAAAACAUUUAAGAUCCCGUAAAAUAACAAAUAUAUCUCAAUUAGGUGGAGAUAGAGUAGUUGAUAUUCAAUUUGGAUAUGAUGAUAAUAUAUAUCAUUUAAUUGUUGAGUUAUAUAUUGCUGGUAAUAUUGUACUUACAAAUAAUGAUUAUAAAAUAAUAUUUAUUUUAAAAAGUAAUGAUGAUAAAAAAAAACUAAAGAUAAAUGACAUAUAUAAUGUUGAAGAACAUAAUUCUGUGAUAUUAUAUAAAUAUUUGGAUAUAAUUAAUAAUGAAAAUAUAAAAAAAAGUAUUAAAGAAAUAUUAAUGAUUCAUAAUCAACCUGAAAUAGACGAUCCAAACGAGGUCAAUACUACUAACGAGACAAGUAAUAUAAUCAAUGGUAAAAUGAUUGAAAAAAAUAUGACUAAGUCAGGAAAUGUAAACUUAUUAAAUAGCGAAAAGAAUGAUAAUGUAAAAGUAAAAAAAAAAUCUGGAUCGCAAAAUAUAAAAAAUUCUUCAAAUUCUCGAAAAGGUCGUGGUGAAACAACCUUUGGUGAUUCAAACAAGAUUUUUAAUGAUAAAAAUAAAAAUGAUGAUAUACAAAAUGAUAAUAAAAAAAAUAAAAAAGCAAAAAAAAUAAAAACAUUGAGUGAAUUAGGUAGUAAAUUAAUAUUAUUUGCUCAUAACGAUCUAAUAAUGCAUUCAUUAAUUGAAUGGAAUUAUAAUCCCAAUGACCCAGUGGAAAAAUAUGAUAUUGACACAUUGACAGAAAUAUUUUAUAAAGUAAUAAAUGAAUGUAUGAAAAUAUUUAAUAUGAUGAGUAAUGAAGAAAGUGUAAUUAAUGGAUAUGGUUUUGUUCCAAUAGAUGGAAAGUUAUCGAUUUCUAAUAAAAAUAAAAAAGAGGAAAAUGGUAAAAAAAAUGAGAAUUCUAUUUUGGGCACUGAAAUAAAUAAAGAUAAUAAUUCAGUGAGUGAAAAUAAGUUAGAGAAUGAUCGAUUGUUUGUUGAGUUUAGUCCAGUUCUUCUUAAAAAUCAUAUAAAUAAAAUAAAUGAGAAAAAAAUAGAGGUAAUAAAAUUUAACGAUUUUAAUAUGUGUGUAGAUACAUAUUUUAGUAAAAUGGAAUUAACAAAAUAUGAUAAACAUCAAGAAAUGAAUAAACGUAAAAAUGCGCUUACAAAAAUUGAUAAAAUAAAAUUGGAUCAUGAAAGAAGAAUUGAAGCAUUAGAAAAGGAGAUAAGUAUAUUAAAAAAGAAAAUAUUAUUAAUUCAGGCAAAUGAUGGAUUUGUUGAGGAGGCAAUAAAAUUGAUGCGUGCUGCAAUUUCUACAAGUGCUAAUUGGGAAAAGAUAUGGGAUCAUGUGAAGUUAUUUAAAAGGCGUAACCAUCCAGUAGCCUUAAAAAUAAUGUCUGUGAAUUUUAGCAAUUGUGAGAUUGAAUUAUUAUUGGAUGAGGAUAAUGAGAAAGAGAGUAGUAGUGACAAUUCUUCAGAAGAGAAGGGGAUGGAAGAAAAGAAUAAAGGAUGUACAGUAACAAUAAACUUAAAUAAUUCUGUAUAUGGUAAUAUUGAAGAUUAUGAAAAGUUAAGAAAAAAAGCUGAGGAAAAAAUUCGUAAAAUAAAAAUGUCAACGAAUGUAGCUAUAAAAAAGGUUGAGAAGAAAAAAAAAGAUAAAGAUACAAAACAAAAAAGUAAAUAUAAAUCUGUUUUUCAGAUUCAAAAAUUAAGAAAAAUAUUUUGGUUUGAAAAAUUUAAUUGGUUUUUAUCAUCAGAAAAUUAUUUAGUAAUAUCUGGAAGAGAUGCAUUACAAAAUGAAAUAUUAUUUAGACGAUAUUUUCAAAAUAAUGAUAUAUAUGUGCAUGCUGAUAUUCAUGGUGCAGCAUCUUGUAUAAUAAAAAAUCCGUAUAAAGAUAUCCCAAUUCCUGAAAAGACGCUAGCUGAGGCUGGUCAAUUAGCUAUGUGUCGAAGUUCGGCAUGGAAUAAUAAAGUAAUAACAUCUGCUUGGUGGGUGUACUAUCAUCAAGUUAGUAAAACAGCGCCUACUGGUGAAUAUAUAAAAACAGGUGCUUUUGUAAUAAGAGGGAAGAAGAAUUAUUUACCAUAUGCUAAGUUAGAGAUGGGACUAUCCAUCAUAUUUCAAGUUAACAAAAAGGUGAAUGAUAAUAAUAAAGAAGAUGCAUUAAAUGAUGAUAAAGAGAAUGACGAAAUUGUUCAUACAGGAAGUGACAAUGAAAAUGGUGGCAAUGGAGGUAAAGUAGCAGCUACUGGUAAUGUAGAUAAAAUGACAGCUACUGGCAAUGUAGAUAAAAUGACAACUACUGGCAACAAUAUUGAUUGUGUAAAUCAUAUGAACAAUUGUAAGGAUAGUGGAAUAAUAAAUGAAAAUAAUGUAAUGGAAAAAGGUAUAGGUAUUGAUUCACGAGGGACGUGUAAGUAUUACUUGAGGAAAAAGCACAAUAAAAAAUAUACGAGAAAUAAAUAUAUUAAGUUAAUUUUAAAAAGUUUAAAUAGGAUAGAUUUGUUAAAUGUUUAUAAAAAAAAUAUGAUUAGUAAAUUAGGAACAAGUGAUAAGUACCGCAAUGAAAUUAUUUCUAUUUUAUGCAAACUUUGUUUUUUCAAUCUAUGUAUAAAUACGAAAAAUGAUGAGAUAAAAUCAUUUUUUGAAUUUUUAUACAAAAUAAAAAAUCAUGACAAUAUACAAUGUUAUAUUUGUAAAGCAUUUAAGAAGAAUUAUAAGAUAGCUUUAUCAGGAAUAUUAAAAUUGUUUAGGUGGUUGUUUUUAUAUUUUGAUAGUUCAAAUAAGUUUAAGGGAACAUGUUUAGGGGGUAUUUUUUAUAAUAAGUGUUUAAAGAGUUUUGAUAUAGCAAUUAAAAAAUUAAUGAAUGAUAGUAUUUCUUUUUAUUUUGUUCACAAAAUGUUUUUAUUAAAAAGUUAUGAUAAAAAAAUAGGAGAAUGGUGUAAGGACGAGUUUAAUAUAUUUUUUGAAAUAAAUAAAAAUAAUAAUUUUAUAAAAAAUGAAAAAUAUUUAUCAUAUAAUAAUAAUGGCGAUACAUUAGUGUGUGUCAUGAGAAAUCAAACUAAUGAGGAAAUAAAACUGGAUUUAAUGAUUGAAAAAGAUUAUGUAUUUGAUAAUAAAAUAAUGAAAAGAUGUUUUACACCUUGUGAAGUAUAUGGUUUACCUCCUGUAGCUUUUAAGGAUGAUGAUAUAAGUGAUGAUGAAUCAAAGAAAUCAAAAGAUGGUGGAUCAUCGAAUAAAGUAGCAUUCAAUUUGGGGGAUAAUGAUAAGGAAGAUGAACAAAAGAAACAUAUUUCAUUUGCAAAUGUCGAGAGUUCAAUAAAAAUAGAGCGACCCACAAGAACUAGGAAACCAACUGGCUUUGUAAAAAUGGAUGUAAAAAAACUUCUUGAAGAAAUUGACAAUGAAGAGGAGGAAGAGGAAGAAGAUGAUAAUCAUAAUGAAUUGAAACGAGAAGAUAUGAAGGUUACCUUUGAUGAGCAAAAAAAAGUGCCUGUAGAAAAAAAAGGUGUAGCAUUUAAUCUUGAGAAUAACAGUGUUUAUAAUAAAAGUUCUACGCUGAAUAUUCCAAGACCUACAAGAACUCGAAAGCCAACUGGUUUUGUAAAAGCAGAUCUCUCAAAACUGCUUGAAGAGAUAGAUAAUGAAGAGGAGGGUGAAGCUGAUGGUAGUAGCCAAAAAGGAGCAUUAAAUUCGAAUAGUUCUACUACAAAUAUUAGAAAAAAAAGUGUUUCAUUUAGUUCAGAAGAUGAACGUAUUUAUAUUGAGAGACCAAUAACAUCAGGUAUUCCCCCAAGACCUAUUAGGACGAGAAAGCCAACCGGUUUUGUAAAAAUGGAUAUUAGUAAGUUGCUUGAAGAAAUAGAUAACGAAGAGGAAAGUGAUAAGAAUGAGAAGGAUGAGGAUGAAAAAGGUGAUGACACAAAAAAGGUAAAAUUCAGUGAAGGUGUCGAAAAAAAUAUGAAUGAUGAAAAUGUAAAGUUUUCAAGGCCAGUUAGGACAAGAAAACCAACUGGUUUUGUAAAAAUGGAUGUAAAAAAACUUCUCGAAGAAAUUGACAAUGAGGAGGAGGAGGAUGAAAAUAGUAGCAAAGGAAAGGAUGCUUAUGUUGAAAAUAGCGACAAUUCGAAAGAGGAAGACGAAAGUGAAAAGUUGGAAGAGGAAGAAGAAAGUGAAAAUUCGGAAGAGGAAGAAGAAAGUGAAAAUUCAGAAGAAGAAGAAGAAAGUGAAAAUUCAGAAGAGGAGGAAGAAAGUGAAAAUUCAGAAGAGGAAGAAGAAAGUGAAAAUUCGGAAGAGGAGGACGAAAGUGAAAAUUCGGAGGAUGAAGGAAGUGGGGAAAAUAGUGGCUAUGGAAAAACUGAUUAUAAAGGAAAUAUUGGAAGAGUUAAUGAAAGUAAUUCAAAUAAAAAAGGUUCAAAUGAAACAAAGAAAGAAGGAAGAUUUAAUGAUAAAAUAGUUAAAAAUGAAAAUAAAAAGAGUACGGUUCAUUUGCUAAGAGGGGCUCGAACAAAAAAAAAAAGAAUGAAAAAAAAGUAUCGAGAACAGGACGAUGAUGAUGAGGAAAGGCAAUUAUAUAUGAAAAUAAUUGGAUCUCGAAAAAUGAAGCACGAAACGGAAAAAGAAAAAAAAGAACAGGAAGAAAAGAAAAUAGAGAAGGAGGAAAAUAAAUACAAUAAGCGUCCAAACGAAAUUAAAGCAAAUUAUGAGGAAAUAAAUGAGGAUGAGAUGAAUAUGAAGUUAAGUGAAUUGAAUAAAUUGACAUUUACACCGAAAGAAGAUGAUGUUAUAACAUGUGCAAUUCCGAUGUGUGCGCCUUAUUCUGCUAUACAGAACCAUAAGUACAAAGUAAAAUUGGUACCAGGAAAUGAAAAAAAGGGAAAAAUUGCCAAAUCAUGUAUUGCCCAUUUCUUAAAAUGCUCAACUAGUGAUAUAGAGAAAAAGUUCAUUAAUGGGAUAUCAAUGGACGAUUUGGGAAACUGUAUAAUAACAAAUUCAACAGCCGACAUAUUGAGUUCAAAGUGUCGUUAA